AUGGGGAGAGGAAAGAUUGUGAUCCGUCGGAUCGACAAUUCAACAAGCCGGCAAGUGACUUUCUCUAAGAGAAGAAACGGAUUGUUCAAGAAAGCUGAUGAGCUAUCAAUCCUUUGUGAGGCUGAAGUUGGGCUCAUAAUCUUCUCCAGCAGUGGCAGGCUCUAUGAAUUUGCAAGCACUAGCCACCAUGCAAAUGAGGUGUGUUUGCACGACAGUACCAUUAAUGCCUAUGAUCUUCCUUCACGGAACAUCUACUACUAG